AUGGGGUGCGACUCCCAAGGUAAUCUAAGCGACGCAGAGUUCAGCAAACCGUUGCCAUCAAUAGGUAUCUACGUGGCAGCAGCUUCACUGAUAUGUGGAGUUUCCAUGUUUGCCGAUCUUCUCCACGGCUUCCGCCACCGCAAGUUCUGGUUUCCCUGCAAGUUCUUCUCUCUCAACGCCACCACUCUCACCUUCAUCACCAUCUGCGUCAAACUCUCCGUGGAUCUCAACACCUGCAUGCCUAGUCGCCAGGAUCAGCUCGCUAAACUCAGCAGCAGCGUCUUAGUCUGCACCGUCAUGGCUAACUCCAUGCCUUCUCUUGGUGUCAUGGUCAACCAAGACCUCCUCAUGAACCUCAUGGCUUUAGGGAUUCUUGUCAUCACCGACCUCGUCAACAUCUGUAUCCAACUGGGUACAGGUGCCAUCUACGUUUUCCCUCAAGAACACGCUCUCGUCAUCGUUCUAACGCUUCUCAUGUUUGUGAUCUUGAGCUUCUCCGCUAUCACAGUCCCCGCCACAAAACGUUUCUUGGAGCUCAAGUACAAGAAGAGUUACGAGUUGCUUUGA